UGUGGUAGAAUCGAGAAAACGUGUUAUGAUAAUCUAACAUAUAUACUAGGAGAAUUCUCAAGAAAACUAUUCAAUGUAUUUGUUCGACUUUAUUAAGCUGCUGGACGUUUAGUGCUUCAGUCCCAAGAUGAGGGCUGUGUUAAUAACUGUGAUAUUUCUGCAGCUAUGUGUCGGUUUAGAGUGCGUAAUUGAACUGCCGAAUGCUGUCCAGAAGUGUCAUUUCGGAGAUACUAAAUGCAUUAAGGAGACAGCUAAUAAUUUAAUACGCCGAUAUCCAAAAGGUAUAUCAUCCAUCGGAUUAAAGCCGCUCGAUGUAGUUCACGUGAAAGAUACUGUACUCGUCAACGAUCCGCCGGUGGGCAAUGCAUGGUAUCACUUUGAGUUGGUGAAUCAAAUUAAUUAUGGCUUCGAGAAUGUAACGAUAACGGAAGUGCACGGAUUCGAUGAAGAUCCCACGUCGUCAAAGAUUGAAAUUAAGGGCAUAAUACCCAGGCUUGUAUACAAGGGUAACUAUAUUGCUAAAGGUCGAAUGCUGUGGAUGGUUAAUAUUAAUUCAACUGGCGACUCUGAGUCGGAGUUUUUUAACUUUUUUUUUGAGUUCUCCUUAAAAGUCCAAACCGAGUAUCGUAACAAUAAGCGGUACCUUAAGAUUUAUCAACUCGUACCCAAUGUCGGCCUCGAUCGCUGGAUAAUGUGGUUGGAUAACUUUUUUCCGGACAAUUCGGACUUAACCAUUCUAAUUAAUAAAAUAUUUAAUGCGAAUUGGGUUGAGUUUUGGAAUGAGCUAGAAAAACCCAUCUUGGAAAUAUUUACUAGUGUUUUUCUCAGCAUAAUACAAAAUACUUUAGAGAAUGUUGCAUACGAUGAUAUGUUCCUAUCCAAUAAAUACAUUAAAGAAUUAUGA